AUGUCCGACCAAGAACAACCCCCCACUCCUAAUCCCGACUCAACAACCACAACCCCCAACAAGCCUAAACGUGCUCCUCCCAAGCUAGGCAAAAAAACAAACACCUCCCCCUCGGAACAAGAGGAUAAAUCCAAAGACACCGAACAAGAAGAAAAGCCCAAACAACAAGAACCGGACUCGGAGCCUGAGCCUGAACCCGAACAAGAAGAAGAAGAAGAAGAAGCCGAACCUGAACCCGAACCUCAACCUAAGCCCGAACGUCGUCGUCGCAGACCUCGUCCCCGUCCUCAAGAAUCAGACACUGAAUCCAUUCCCCGCGAAAUGGAGCCAGAACCACCCAGACAACGUCGCGUCCGUCGCCAGCGUCGUCCAGAGCAACAGCAACAAAAUGGUCCGCUUGGUGGACUUCCCGGUGUCGGUGGUGCCGAUCAGGCUGGUCAGCUCGUGCAGAAUACAGCCGGGAAUGCCCUGAAUGGGGCGACCGGUGGUGCGGGCAAGGCUGUUGGCGGCAUCCUGAAUGGUGGCGAGGAGAAGAAGGAUGAUGAUGGUGGUCGCGAUGAGCAGCUUCGUUUGCGAUUGGACCUUAAUCUGGAUAUUGAGGUUCAGCUUAAGGCGAAGAUUCAUGGUGAUUUGACGAUUGGUUUGCUCAAAUAG